CCCCACCCUCCGGCACAGUGAGGCCAGUCUACCAUGAGCGUCCCAUCCUUCCUCGGCGAUGCGGCCCACCUGGCCUCCUGCCUCUUCCUCAUCUUCAGGAUAGAAAAGAGGCAAUCCUGUGUCGGGAUCUCGGGAAAGAUGCAAGUGUUGCUGACAGCAGCUGCCUUAACGCGCUAUUGGGAUUUUGUCUGCUUCUAUUCGAUUUACUAUUCAAUAAGGAAUUUUGUUUUUAUUUGUCUCUCACUUUAUGUGACAUUUAUAAUAUUCAUUAAGUACAGAAAAACAUAUGAGAAGAGAUGUGAUUCAUUCUGGAUUGAAUCUAUAAUUUUAACAAGCAUUACUCUUUCUUUCUGCUUAUUUAUAGAAGAUGGUAGUCCGACACCAGAACAAAUAUCUAGGCUAUUUAGCCAUUUUGCUGAAUCACUUUCAAUCAUACCACAAAUAUACUUUUAUAUUGUAAAGCAGCAAAAAGAUGAUACCGUUACAUAUUAUAUCAUGCUGAUGACACUCUAUCGUGUAUUUUUUGUAAUCCAUUGGAUCAUUUUAUAUCUUCAGGAAGGUAGCUUAGAAGCAUUAAUAUUUUAUCCUGAAGUCAUACAAACAUCAUCAUAUGCCAUAUUUCUGUUACUUCCAAAAGGUAAAAAAGAAGAGCUCCCUGUAUUUCGAAAUGUUCCACCAAAAUUUAUCACACAGCAUUCUUUAUUAGAAACACCACUUUUGAAAAGAACAGCAACUUCAUCGAGUUCUAUAUAUAUACUUGGAAGGGACAGUUCAUAUUCAUCUUUAAACAGAAGCUUCAAUACAGAUACACAAUCGACACAAUCCAGUGAAAGUGAAAGAUAUUAAGAAAAUAAAUAAUAAAAAAAAGUAAAUACUGAAAAGUAUGAUUAAUUUUGUUGUAAUUUUCACAACAGUUGUAAAUAAUUUAGUACUUACAUAUUGUAAGAUAUUGGCUGUGAUUUUUUUAUACAUUUUUUUUUACAUUAAAAUUUUAUUUCUAAUUUGUUGUGUAGAAACUUAUCUGAAAUAAAUUCUUUUAUUAUAUUAUAUAUAUAUUUUAACUAACAUACAUAUAUAUACUGACUCAAAGAAGUUAUUCAUUACAGAAUUGUAAAUUAUUCACUAUGAACAGGGACUCCAUAUUGGAGGAGUUGCCACUCAUCACAGUGACCAAGGGAUUUAAUGGGUCCAGUAAAAAUAAUAGGAUUUUAUAAUAUAAUUUUUAAAAGUCCUCAAAAAUUUGAAUAUAAAAUAUCAUUAGAUAUUCAUAUAGGACACCUAAUAAAAUACCGUGGUAUAUAACACACAACUAUAAAUAGAUAUAUGUUUUUAAUUUAUUAAAAUUUAUCUGUCUUAUGGAAAGGGGCCUGGACUAGUAUCCUGGUUAGAAACUUAGUUUACGGAUGUGAGGGCCCUGAACAUAUUAGUGUUGGUGAUUCAAUAUUGUAGCUCAGUCUAUAAAUUUGUGAACCGAAGAAAUGUAACUAUUUAUAUUAAUUUUUUUUUAAUAUUCAAAUUAAAUCUUGUCACAACUUUAUCUGAUCAAAAAUGUAAUAUUUAUUCAUAAUAGUAAUAUAAAAUAAGUAUUUAAAAACUAAGUCUUUAAAUAAACCAAAAUGUCUCAAAGAAAAUAUUUAUAUGUGUACACAUAUUUAAUCAAUAACAGUUUCUAUUAAAGCCUUCUUUUCUCUCAAAAGGUAGACAUAAAUUUUCUCAAGCUGUUAAUUAUCUCCACGAUUUGAAAUAAUACAUUUUAUAAUAAUCAAUCCCUAAAAGUAACACUGAAAACUGAAAUAACUGGGUGAUUAUCAUUAAAUUGUUUUCAUCCUAAACAGAUUAGGUAUCUGGGAUAUGAUCAGUAUAAAAAAAUUCAAAUCAAUGUUUGUCGAAUUUAGGUAAUAAGAAAGUUAUCUUAAAAUUUUUGUUUAAAGAACUGUCUGUCAAACAUUUCUUUAUUGAAUUUGUCAACAUUUCGACCCAAACAUCAUCAGGGCUACAAAUUUUAAAAAAUAUAAAAUAAUAUCAGAAAAAUGAUAAGUACAAAAUUAGAAAAAGGUGAAACAUACAUAUGAGAUAACAGAUAUAUUGUAAUAUACACCUUUAUUGGAAGUGGGUAGAAAUGAUUUAAUAAAUUAAUGUUGACCAAUUAAAAGGCAAGCUAAUCUAGUUCUACUAGUGCAGAGAAAAGAAAAUGGCUGCUCUGUAGUUUCUCAAGAAGGAAAAUCCCAAACAGGAGAGGGACAAAGAUUUUUGUUAUGGCAGCAGUUGAUGUUUGGCUGGAGUGAAGAGAGGAUGGGAGAAGUGAUCCUGGCUCCAAUGGGUAAAACCCAGUAUUAGUAUUACCACCUUGGAAGUUGUUAUUGGCAGAGAGACUAGUUAUUUGGAAUCAUAAGAGAGAAGAUUUCCCAGUAAGUUUGAAGAGUAGAAGAAAUUAUCACCAAUUUGGAAGUUGUGUUUAGCAGAACUUUGGAAAGUGUUUGAAAACAAAUGAAUUCAGUGCUACAAUACAAAGGAAGAAGCUUUUUUUUAUAUAAAAAAGGUUAGCUUGCCAAUCCAUAUUAUUUUAAAAUCAAUCAGUGUUUAAUUUUAGGAUAAAUAGUGUAAAUAAUAAUAGUUUGUCUGAGUUUAUCUGAUUGUCAGUAACCCACGCCUGAGAUAAAUAAAUAUAUUGAUUAUCUUAUAA